AUGGAGCAAUGUUUUUUAGCACGGCUGGUGGUUGGAUUUGCUAUGGUUGUCAUUUCCACUGCAGGUAACAAAGGAGUAUUGAAUAGCUUAGUGGAUUGUUCUCUAGUUAGUGUAUAGUUAAUUGACUGUGCAGUGAAGCAUGUCCUUAGUAAAGGUAACUUUUCAAUCAGAGCAUUUGAAUCACAGCAAUUUAUUACUUUCGGGGCUAGAAUACGUUCACUCUUCACGCCGGCAGUGAUUAAUAUUAAAUAACAUAAUGUCAUUUAUAGUAAAACUAAGAUUUAGACCAUGGGUUGAAGUUAACGUGCGAAACUUUAAAGAAAAUUAAAGGAACCUUUUAGACUUGGUCUACUCACAGUCUUACAAAGAUAUUUAAUUUUGCUCACUACCACUUUCUCAGUUAAAUUCAACGGGGUGGGUGAUCAAGAAGUCAAUAAUACCAGUUGAUGUUGAUCAGCCUUGUUCACAUCGAGUGCAUAAUUAAAAAGCUAGUUAUAAAUCCGUAAGGUCCAGAUUCAGUACCUGGUUCUGGCAAGGGUUAGAGACGAGACGUGAAGUUACAAUGCCGUGAAGCAGAAGUAAAAAAAAGGAAAAAUGUGCCAGGAGUAAAACUUUUAUUAGAUAUCCUCCAACUUACUGAGCAAUGUUUGCUAGAUCUUUUCUGCUGAGUAUAUUUUUUCUCUGUUUGAUGCUAAUAAGUUAAGAGGCAAGUAAAUAGCGCUUACACCCUCUCUAAUUAACGAAGGCGCAGAGAGUCAGAGACUCAGAGUCCAAAAUCACGGAAAUUGCAAAUCCAGAAUACCGGUAUUCAAAUAAAACUCGGAAGUCUUAAUGAGACUUGGAUUCUUUUCAAGAUUAAUGUAUACUGGUUAAUCUCGCAGCUAAAUGAACAAAAAAAAAAAAUAUUUAAAACCGUUUAUUUUAAUAAAACUAACACCGCACCGAUUCCUCAAUAGCAUUCGAACGAAGGUUUAUAAAAAAUCAUUGGCACAACAGUAAAACUGACUGAAAGAAUUCAUGUUUAUCUUAAUUAAGAAUUUGUUCAUACUUAGCGUGCGUAUAUAGAGUUAUGGGUGCACGCGGGAAGUUUGGAGAGCACGAAAGAUGCGUAAGAGUUGCACGAGGCGAUAGCCGAGUGCAACUCUAGCUUCUUUAUUCGUUAACGAUCAAUGGAAACUAAGCAGAAACAAAGGUAAAAGAGUCUUAAAGUUCACCUAAAGUUAAAAUACUAACAUGUUCGUAAGAAGUCCUGGAGUAUGGUUUCGAUUUGCUGAAAAGAUGUUUACGUUUUGCUCGGCGAAAUCCAGAAAAAAUGUUUUUAGCGAAGACGACUGUCAUCCUUCUUUAAACUUAUAUUCAUUUACGAACAUUGGCUGGUCUUACGGUUUCUUGAGAAGACCUGGCAGCAGUUGUUUUUGUGAGUAAUAAAUUUAUGUCUUCUUGUGUAAUUUGUGUUGUUAUUGCGAGAGAAAUUUUCCUGCUUCAGUCGGAUUGUCCAGAGAUAACAAAGUGCAUAACAAAUUUAAAAACAACAAUUAAAACGGAAAUUUUGCCUUUAAAUGUUGUUGAUGACCAGUUGGUGUCUGUUCUGUUCCCAGUGAAUGUCUUUAGGCCAAAAUUUGCUGCAGCUGGUCUUCGACAAAUUUGCGAAACCCGCAACUUGCAAGUUUUUUUUUUUAAUUCGGCUUUAUUUUUGCUGCUUGUUGGAUCAGGACCUAAAAAGUCAAUGCCGAUAGAAAAAUCGGGCAGUUCUUCGCUGGUUUCUUCCAUAUUUUUAAGAGAAAGAAAAGUGCACUGCAGCUUAAAAGACAACAACUUUGCAGCCAGGUAAAAAAAAUGCUCACGUCAUCUUAUUUACGCACGCCCGUGCGUAAAUAAAGAUUUUGUUCAUAGCGGCUCAAUAGGACUUAUAUAGGGCAAGCACGCGCGCUAUGUUAUAACACGAGAUUAAACAUAAAUAGCUGGUUUUUAUGUCAUCAAUCUUUAUAAAAACCCUUUUUUUUCUUCAAAGAUCCACAGACACAAUUUCAAUUCCGUCGACCAGCCUUGAAUCCAGUUAACGGACAAAUUCGCAACUUUGUCCUAAAUAGAAUUGGCGGUGUAAGAGGUAAGAUUUUUUGUCGAGUAGGAAGAAAAACUUAAAACCAAUGAUUGAAUCUAUGAUAAAGCCAAUUAUCGUCUAAAGACAUCUACAGGUGUGUAAGAGAUCGGAGGUAACAUUUUCCUUUAAUCCUAAGGUGGGCACUAUCCCCCAGUCUCUCCCGAUUCAAGAAGGGAACAGCUUCCUGGAGACUCUCGGAAUUUUAUUCCCAACAGAUUUGACAUACCAGCAAGUAAGUUACCAUGGUAAAGUUAAGAGUGAGAGCGUGGUCCAUAAAUGAGUUAAAGGCUGAGCGGUACCUCCUCUGACGUUAAUGACGCUAUAUGUCUAGGCCUGUGUGAUAAAAAACGUUAACUACAUUUUGAAAUCUCACCAGACAGGAGUAAGGCAAUAAAAACUAAAAUUUGAGUCGUUGUUCCCAUUAGUACCAUUAUGAUUGUACCCCGAUGUUAGUCAGUAGUUAUUACAGUAACUGUAAAUGAUAGAAAAUGUCUCUUUUAAUGGACUCUUUUUUUUUAAUUACAUACUGUUAGGAGUUUUCCAUUGACCAAAGGCAAAAAUACAUAGUGUCAUGUUAAACAACAUACAAUUUUUGUUGUAUAAAAACAAUAACUUGAAAAAAAAAAUCAUCAAAAAAAAAAAAAGAAAUCUGAAUCUGUCUUCAUUUCAUUGUUUUCUUGCAGGUGUUAUUGACAGAAAACAGGGCCCACCAAAAGGUACAAAUAAUUAGACUUUAAGUUGGGUCUUAGUUGCAUGUAAGCAAGUAUGUAGGUGUAGAAAGGCCUUGGCCUUGAUAGUUUCAAAAAUUCCCACUCUGGAAAGCGUUUUUGAAAAGAUGCUUUUUCGCGGUGACCGUUUUCACUGGAUACGUGUGGAUCGACAGUAGGCCAAACCGGAAGAAAAUAAAUAUCCGAUUUCAAACGCCAAGUACAUUUCUGUAGGGCAAGCCGAUGCCAAUUUUUUAUGUCUUAAUAAAUAUACUAAAUCGUGAUAAGUUCUUCAGGUGGCUUACUGGGAGUGAGUUGUUCCGUUGUCCUUAUAGUGUUUUAUCGGAUGUUUUAGUUCCUAACAAAUCGACAUAAGCGGGAUUUUGUUCAAAUUGGGAGUCCUGCGUGUGUACACGAACAAAUUUGAACUGGUAGUUCUUAGUAUAUUUCACGAAUUCAUGACAUACAUUUUUCUUUAGCGACAGUUUAUGAAGUGAGCUUGUCUACGAUAACAUAUAGGUUUGUUUCGCAUUGCGUCUCCAGUGGACCUCUUUUCAUCCAGGGAUAAGAAUUAGUGUCGAUAGGACUGAGGAAGGCAUUAUACAUAAUUCUUUUUUUAUAUAUGUAUAGAAACGUUCUCUUUCUUCUUAUUAUUAUUACGAACAUAACCAGCUGUUCUCGAGCGAGGCUUAAGUGUUAUACAUGACAUUCACUAAACUGCGCCAAUUUAUUUCAUCUGCAGGUAUCAAUGCCUUGUCCGUAUUUAUUGAGGAUAAAUCUCCAACAACUUCCUUCCAUGACUUGCACUUCAGCCAAUGAUGACUCUAAAACUCUUUUUUUAAAAUCGUUUUCUUUUAGGAUGCAUUGGGACACAGGAUAUUUGUGGAUCGUUCGCACCAGCUCCAGCUCCAGCUCCUGCCUUACCUAUGGCUCCUGCAUAUCCUUCACCCGGCGCCUACACAGGAUAUCCUCCACAAAGCGCCUUCCCAGGAAUGCCACCAGAUCCUUACAACCCCCAGGGAUAUCCUGCGUCCCCUAAUAUCCCACCUAACAUGAAGGCAUUGGCUCAAAACACAGGAGCUGCUGUAGCUGCGAAAGCAAAACUGCUGGGUGGCUUAAAUCCUUUGAAGAAGUUCGUUCCACACCUUCCUCCUUUGGGGCGGCCACAGAAGGGUAAACCUCCCUACAAUCCACCCCCUCCCCAACCGGAGCCUCCGGUUGCAGGAUAUGGGCAAGGCACAAGUCAAAUGCCAUAUCAACAAUCACUAAGCUACAACUCGCAAGGGAUGGUGCCACCACAAUCUGCUGGAUAUGGAUCUCAGCCCACUGCUGGAUUUGCUCCACCUGCCUUUGCCGUUAAGUAUCAUUAUUUAUUUAAAAAAUACACAAACCUAAUUCGAUCAGAAAACGUUCCAACGUUUGCGACAACAACUAUAUGGUGGUAAUACCUAACAUUUACGCGUUAAUGUUGAAAGAUGAACGUCCGACAACUGUUUUGCUAACCUUUGACGGAGACCUGACUGAAAUAAUCGGCAUGCCUGUUGUUUUGUUUUUAGCGAGGUAAUUAAGGUGCCUAACAAAAUGCUUGACAACUUUAGAGAAAACGUACGUUUCAUGCAAAAACGUUUAAGUUGAUCUUAAAAAUUAUUUACUUUAAUUGUUAUUUACUAAUUUGCUUCCCAAACUGAGGAUGGUUGUUUUAAAAGUUGUUCAAUUAUGAUCUUUCUCUCAUCAGUAUCAGAUUCACAGUCACUGAUUAAUUUGCAUCGUUUUCUCAGGCACCUCAGGCGCCUGCCCCGUUUGCUCCACAGCAACCUCAUUCAGCAUUCAAUCAGGCUCCUUUUCCCAUAGGAGCUCCGCAACAAGACCAACCUCAGUUAGCACUAAAUGACAAUGCCCCACAAGCACCCCCUCCUCAACCGUCUUUCCCUUCGGAAAUGAGUCAAGGACCAGUGUAUCCAGGGCAACAAGCGUCUCCUGAUGGUAACGGAAAACUGUAUAGUUUGCCUUGCUAGAUCGCAUUUUGAGUUCAUCUACGGCGCAUCAAAAGAUUGAAUAGGAAGAAAAACAACUCCAGCUGCUAUUUUUUUCGUUCAAAGAAAUAUUUUUGCAAGUGCUUGCCUUCUUGAAUUGUGUAGCCGUCUCGUAAAAUAUCGGCGUUUCUUUUUGUUUGUAUAUGUAUCUCAUAGAACUCUCUCAGCGUCAUAAAUUCAAGGAACCAAUUUGUGACUUACACAAAAACUGCUCCAGACAAAAUUUACUGAAAGACAGUCAGGCUAUCAAUUACCAAAUAUCGUUAGCCGCAAAAGGAAGAAUGUUAAACCAUACACCUUUAUGACGACCAGUAACACCCUAAAAUCAUUUAAAUCCACAGGUUCCUUUGAUAUAGCAAGAAAGAGAAUGAUGGCUUUAAAGAUAAAAGGCCUAGCGAAGAGAUUUGGUGUUCCCAGACCAGUUGUGAGGUCAAGACUGGUGCCCAGACCCCUUUAUAAAAGGCAUAGCUAAAUACGUUGGAUACUUCAUACCCCACAUGCAGUAUUUUUCUGAUUUUCAAAUAACUUCAUCUUUGACAGAAUCGACUACCUUUAAGUAACGGUUAAGGAUAGUGGAUACAUCGUGACGUCAUAAAGAGCAUGUCUGAAUCUCGUCUUCAGCGUGCAUUUCUGGACAUAA